UUUGGACCGGCUGUGCCGCCGACGGAUUGACGUAUACAUCGGGUUUCUAACUCCGCCUUCCUCUUGCCCCUUAGCCAUGGAUCGCUUCAGGAGGAGACUCCAAGUGGAGGUGCCACAGGACAACGGCGGCAGCAGAGAUGGAAGCGGGGGAGCCGUCGAGAAGCCGAUGGAGGCGCAGAAUGAAGGGAUGCAGGGUGAUGAGCUGGAGAUCGCAGACGAGGAGCCGGGGCAGUUUGCGGGAUUGAAGUUGCGGAGGAGGGCCGCGCUCGCCGGGAAUUGCAAGGGAGACUACGUCGGCGUAUCUUAUGAUCCCUUCCUUGAUAAGAUCUUGCGCAAACAAGGGAAAAUGGCGAAGUCGCGUUCGAAGAAGAAGAAGAGAUUGUGGACAUUGAGGGAGAUUGUGGAGCCCUUCUACGAUAGAAAAGAUGUGGCCAAGCUUGCUGCCCAGGAGGCUGUCCUUGCUGCCCCAAAGCUUGCCGUCAUAACUCCCGCCUACAUCGAUGAAGAACUUGCCGCUGUGACCUCUGCUGCUAUGGGUGACAGAACAGUUCUAUUUGCGGAUAAGGUGAUCAAAGUCACUGGAUCCGGAAAGAUGAAGAAACAGAUUAUGCUGAUUACUGAUUUUGCUAUAUAUCUUGUUGACUCUGAUGCUGAUGCCUUAAAGAGGAGAAUAGCACUUGCAGCAGUUGAAAAGAUAUGUUCGAGCAAAUUCAGUGACAACUUUUUUGCACUGAUCAUUCCUACUGAGUAUGAUUGUCUAAUGGCUAGCACAAGAAAAACAGAGAUUGUGAAUGUCUUGAUUGAAGCCACCAAGGGUGCAACCGAGGAACUUGAAGUCGUUUUCUCCAACAGAAAGAUGAAAGCUGUGGAAAUUAUGCACAACGCAGGUUUGAGUAUAAUGCUGCUGAUGACGUAGUGAAAGAAAUCGAAUUUGUCGAAGUAGAAGGAGCCAUUGGAACAAGGAUCUCAAGGAAGGCUAUCCAAUGAUGCGGUCCUGCUUUGGCUUUUAUUGAAGAGCACCUUAUGUCGAGGUUCCAACUACCUUUUGGUUAUGAUGGCCCGAACUCUUGAUUCAUAACCCCAACAAUCAAUUCAAUCUUUGUUUUCCAUGUCGUUUUUCUUUUACUUGAGUUUAUUCGAGUUGAUGACAUUGGGAAUCGCUGUUGUAUGCUACUGUUGAAUGCAUAUUUCGUUUUAAAAAAAACAUGCAGUAUAGUUAUAA